AUGGCUAAAAAAGAAGAAGUUAAAUUACCACACGUUGUUCCCGAUACAGACUUGGAAAAGAAAAUUGCGGAAGCGUUUGAAGUAUUUGAUCAUUCUGGCAAGCAAGUUGUCGAUGUUAGAGAAAUAGGAACUAUUUUGCGUUCUCUUGGUUGCUGUCCGACCGAAGCAGAAAUACAGGAAGUGAUUUUGAGAACUGAAAAUAAAGAAGCGACGGGAAAUGUUCCAUUAGCAUAUUUUAUGCCGUACAUGGCCAAAGCUAUGAUGGAGCACAGAUUUUAUCCGGCCAGUGCAGAAGUACUAUUAGCCUCUUUCCGCUACUUUGAUACCGAAGGACGUGGGUUCCUCACCAAGGAAAGAUUUACAAAACUCAUGUUGGAAGAAGGAGAACCUUUUACUCAGGAGGAAUUUGACGAGAUGAUGCAGACAGCACUCGACCCUGUGACGGACACGGUCAUGUACGAGUACUACAUCAAUCAGCUGAUGGUGCGUAUAUCAGAGAUUUAUAAAAUAUAUGUAUACGUAUAUGUACGAAGGAGGUCCGUGCACAAAUAG